AUGUACAACGGCAUCGGGCUGCAGACCGCGCGGGGAUCGGCCACCAACGGGUACGCGCAGAGCAACACGUUCUUCGUCAAGCCCCGCUCCACCACAUCCGGCGAGGGUCCGGGCGGGCCCCACAGGCCGCUGCGCCCCGACGCCGCCGGCGCGGUUGGCGGCGGGAUGCGCAAGCCCAACAAGGAGAUCCUUGAGCACGACCGCAAGCGCCAAGUCGAGCUCAAGCUGCUCGUGCUCAGGGACGCGCUCGAGGAGCACGGCUACACCGAAGACGAGAUCGAGGAGCGCGUCGCGGAGGCGCGCAAGACCGCGGAGGCAGAGGCGGCCGCGGCAGCGGAGGAGGCAGGGAGCGGUCGUGGCGCCGGUCGACCGCCUCUGCCCGGGAGAGGGUAUGGAUCUGUUGGCGUCUUUUAG